CGUGUUGUAGUCGUGCGUCCCACCAGUUCGUCAACAGCGAGUGUCCGCGCGCCGUUGUCGUCGUCGUCGUCUUGUUCACACCGUCCACCUGGUCUUUUGGCGCGCAGUCGUGUUGUACUCUCCAUGUGUAUUACGUAACAGCGGCGGCGUUAUCACACGGUGUGCAUUAUAAUAUUAUUAUUAUUAUAGUACGGUUGACAUGUUUUGAUCCGCUGUGCAAUAAUUACAAUUGGAUCAAAAUCGUUAUUUUUGGAAAAAAAUUAAUAUGUUAUGUCUUUGCUAAAGACUCAAUUCGUAAAUGACAACGACACAGAUUUAAAAGAAAAAAAAUAUGAUGGGGAUGACCAAGACAAAUUAUACCGCAGACCAAAUGCACGCUCAUCAGUUGAAAAGUAUGACAUUGGGAAUGAUAUCCAUGAUUUUCAUCUAAGAGAUACCAUAAUGCCAGAGAAGUUGUUCAAAGUAAUCAUAAUAGGAGACCCGACUGUGGGCAAGACAGCGUUUGUCAAACGAUAUGUACAAAAAUCAUAUAGCAGAGAGUACAAGGGUACUGUUGGUGUUGAUUUCGCAUUAAAAAUUAUCAAAGUUUCCGAAACGGAAACUAUUAAAUUACAACUAUGGGAUAUAGCAGGUCAAGAGAGGUUUACGUGGAUGACCCGCGUAUACUACAAAGACGCACAUGGAUGUGUGAUUAUGUUUGAUUUGUCAAAUAAGAAUUCGUUUUUAAACACGCUAAAGUGGAAAAAAGACGUGGAUGCGAAAUGCACUCAAUUAGACGGCGGUCCCAUUCCAUGCAUGUUGUUGGGAAAUAAGUGCGAUUUGCCUCAACGUCAAAUCGAUCAAUUGGAUAUAGAGGCGUUCUAUAAAGAAAACAAUUUUAUCGGCUGGACAGAAACUUCAGCUAAAGACGGAUUGAUGGUUAACGAUUCUAUGCAGUUUUUAAUCAAUUCUAUGUUGGGACAGUACAACGACGAAACCGAUCAACCGGAACUCGUAAAACUCUCCGGUCCUAAUGCGGAGAAUAAGAAGUCGUGUUCAUUUUGUUAGCCUACGAUCAAUAUUUUAAACGUUAAGUAUAUGUUUAUACUGUAUCGUCUUUAGGCAUCGUUAUGUACAUUCGUCAUUCAUCGCUGAUUUCAACGAAUAAUUAAAAUACGAUAUUUUCGUUGAAAUUAUAUAUUAUUAAGUAUCUAUGUGUUGUAAUUAAUUUUAAGCUUCAAGACAUUUAGGUCUAAUCUAUUUGGCUGUUGUCUAUAUUAGCACCAAUAAGAUACUAUUGUAGCAAUACAAUAUUAUGUAUUAUUUUUAAAUUGCAUUAAUAUAUGAUACCUAUUUCUGUUUUUGUCAGUUAUGAUUUAAACAGUUUAAACUAUCAAGUGGGCCACUGUGUUUUCAUGUUUUCUAAUGUCGACUCUAUGUAAUAACUGGAAAACACCGUGGAUUUCAUGUUUCAUAAUAUAAACGAGUGAAUGAAUUUUACUAUGCAGAAAUUUAGAAAUCUAGAAUUUAAAAAUGUGUGUUUUAAAUUUAUAUGUUAAUGCUACAUUAUAUUAUUUUUUUUUUUUAUAAAAUUACUAUGUUGAAUUAUACUUUAAAAUACAGUACGAUUUUCCAAUAUGAUUA